AGCCGGGUAUCUUCUUUACCCCCUUCUUCGGCUUUUACCCAGCGACGCAGGAGUCUGCCAUAGUAUCGAAUUGACCAAUCAGCUUGCUUCUUGGUCUGGCGGGGAUAACCUGGCUAAAGCGUACUUGCAUAGAAACACGGAGGAGACAGUGUGUACAGAAACGAAGAGUAAAUAAGUAUUGUGGUACAAUUUAUAAUAGCCGAUAAACAAUAACUUGAAUAAUACACAUGAAAAUAAUUAAAUCUGAAAAGUAAAAAAAUAAUUUAGGAUCGAAUAGUGCGAAUUGUUGGAAAAAAAUUGACUUACUAAUACUAGUGUGUGGAAAAGUCUCGAAAUUGGUCGAAAGUGAUUGCGUGGAAACAGCGUGUGUGUGUACCGGGAAGAAUAGAACAACGCGUUUGGAAAAAUUCAUCGACAAAAUGAGUAUACGAUUGGCAGAAAAGAAAGAAAACGUUAUAAAAAAUUCGAGCAGCAUAAUCGGAAAUGUAGUCAAUAGUUCGGAUGACGUUUGUAAUGGAACCGUCGAGUGGCAAAAUGGACAGAAUCUUCUAGUUGUUACACAGGAUACUCAGGGCAAGGAAUUAAUUGCAAUUGCUGAUAAUCAGACCAUUAAUGUUGCAGUUGACUCUUAUUGGUUAUUGGAACUUGCACAUAGAGAAUAUCAAGCAGGAGAUUAUGAAAAUGCUGAAAGACAUUGUAUGCAACUUUGGAGGCAGGAAACAAACAAUACUGGAGUUCUUCUAUUAUUGUCUUCUAUACACUUUCAAUGUAGAAGACUAGAAAAAUCUGCUCAUUAUAGCAGUUUAGCAAUUAAACAAAAUCCCUUAUUGGCGGAAGCUUAUAGCAAUCUUGGAAAUGUUUUCAAGGAACGUGGUCAGCUACAAGAAGCUUUGGAAAACUACAGACAUGCUGUUAGAUUGAAACCAGAUUUCAUUGAUGGUUACAUCAAUUUAGCAGCAGCAUUAGUAGCUGCAGGAGACAUGGAGCAAGCAGUUCAAGCAUAUGUGACUGCUCUACAAUACAACCCUGAUCUUUACUGUGUGAGAAGUGAUCUUGGUAAUCUUUUGAAAGCAUUAGCAAGACUUGAUGAAGCUAAGGCCUGCUAUCUAAAGGCUAUCGAAACACGUCCAGACUUUGCGGUUGCAUGGAGCAAUCUUGGCUGUGUUUUCAAUGCACAAGGCGAGAUAUGGUUGGCGAUCCAUCAUUUUGAGAAGGCCGUAGCAUUGGAUCCAAAUUUUUUGGAUGCAUAUAUCAAUCUUGGUAAUGUUCUCAAGGAAGCCAGGAUUUUUGAUAGAGCUGUUGCUGCUUAUCUGCGUGCUUUGAAUCUUAGUCCUAACAAUGCAGUCGUACAUGGAAAUCUGGCAUGUGUUUAUUAUGAACAAGGGCUUAUUGAUUUGGCAAUUGAUACAUACCGUCGUGCUAUUGAACUACAACCAAAUUUCCCAGAUGCUUAUUGCAAUUUGGCAAAUGCGCUCAAAGAAAAAGGACAAGUGGUCGAGGCUGAGGAUUGCUACAAUACAGCUCUUCGCCUCUGUCCUUCACAUGCCGAUUCCCUUAAUAAUCUGGCCAACAUAAAACGUGAACAAGGAUACAUCGAAGAAGCAACUCGAUUAUAUUUGAAAGCGCUUGAAGUAUUUCCUGAGUUUGCCGCAGCUCAUAGUAAUCUGGCUUCGGUAUUACAGCAACAAGGAAAAUUAAAUGAAGCAUUAAUGCAUUACAAGGAAGCUAUUCGUAUUCAGCCAACUUUCGCGGAUGCAUAUUCGAACAUGGGCAAUACAUUGAAAGAAAUGCAAGAUAUACAAGGAGCUCUUCAAUGUUAUACAAGAGCUAUUCAAAUUAAUCCCGCUUUCGCCGAUGCUCAUUCCAAUCUAGCUUCGAUUCAUAAGGAUUCCGGAAACAUUCCAGAGGCUAUUCAAUCGUAUAGAACUGCGCUGAAACUUAAACCUGAUUUUCCUGAUGCAUAUUGUAAUUUGGCGCAUUGCCUUCAAAUUGUUUGUGACUGGACUGAUUAUGAAGCUCGAAUGAAAAAAUUAGUUUCAAUUGUUGCCGAACAACUUGAUAAAAACAGAUUACCUAGUGUACACCCACACCAUUCUAUGCUUUAUCCAUUGUCUCAUGAAUUUAGAAAAGCCAUUGCUGCUAGACAUGCAAAUCUUUGCAUUGAGAAGAUUCAUGUUUUACACAAACAACCAUAUAAAUAUCCACGUGAAAUCGGUGGUCGCUUAAGAAUUGGAUAUGUAUCAUCAGAUUUUGGAAAUCAUCCUACUAGUCAUCUUAUGCAAUCAAUUCCGGGACUUCAUGAGAGACAAAAUGUUGAAAUUUUCUGUUAUGCUCUUAGUGCUGAUGAUGGAACUACUUUCCGAGCGAAGAUUGCUAGAGAAACCGAACACUUCGUGGAUUUAUCGCAGAUUCCAUGCAAUGGAAAAGCAGCCGAUCGUAUUAACGCGGAUGGAAUACAUAUUUUAGUAAACAUGAAUGGGUAUACGAAAGGGGCGAGGAAUGAAAUAUUUGCUUUGAGACCAGCACCGGUACAGGUGAUGUGGCUUGGAUAUCCGGGAACAUCCGGAGCUAGUUUUAUGGAUUAUUUAAUUACAGACGAAGUUACAUCACCAUUGGAACUUGCUAGUCAAUACAGUGAGAAACUUGCUUACAUGCCACACACAUACUUUAUUGGGGAUCACAAACAAAUGUUUCCACAUUUAAAAGAACGUCUCAUUUUAACGGAUAAAUUGAAUAUGAAAGGCAAAGUAGCAGAUAAUGUAGCUGUGAUAAAUGCUACUGAUCUUUCUCCAAUGAUUGAAAAUACAUGUGUCAAAGAAAUACGCGAAGUUGUCGUGCCGGAUGCUAAAAACAAACCAGUAGAGAUUUCAUUGAAAGUUGCAGAAUUGCCAACUACUACUCCUAUUGAAACAAUGAUUGCUUCUGGACAAUGCCAAAUGUCUGUAAAUGGCGUCGUAGUUCAAAAUGGCAUGGCCACUACACAAGUAAACAACAAAACAGCAACAGGUGAAGAAGUGCCUCAAAAUAUUAUGAUUACUACAAGACAACAAUAUGGUUUGCCAGAAGAUGCAGUUGUUUAUUGCAAUUUUAAUCAAUUAUACAAAAUUGAUCCGCUCACACUUCAUAUGUGGGCACAUAUUCUAAAACAUGUGCCAAACUCUGUGCUGUGGUUGUUGCGCUUUCCAGCCGUUGGUGAACCAAAUUUACAAGCAACAGCUCAACAAUUAGGUUUAGCUCCUGGUAGGAUCUUGUUUAGCAAUGUUGCUGCAAAAGAAGAACAUGUUAGAAGAGGACAAUUAGCUGAUGUAUGCUUAGAUACGCCUCUUUGUAAUGGUCAUACUACUAGCAUGGAUGUUCUAUGGACUGGAACUCCAGUAGUUACGCUACCAGGGGAAACUUUAGCAUCUCGUGUUGCUGCUAGUCAAUUAAAUACUUUGGGAUGUCCAGAAUUGAUCGCACGAACACGACAAGAAUAUCAAGAUAUUGCUAUUCGUUUAGGAACUGAUAGAGAAUAUUUAAAAGCAACACGAGCUAAAGUAUGGAAAGCAAGAUCCGAAAGUCCUUUAUUCAAUUGCAAAUUGUAUGCGAUGGGUAUGGAAAUGCUAUACAAAAAAAUGUGGGAACGUUAUGCCCGAGGUGAAAAACCAGAUCAUGUAUCAGCAGUAGAUAAAAAUGAAAGAGAAAAAUUAUUAACAGCUGCAUCUUAAUGGUUUUCAAAUUCUGAUUUUAUUUAUACAGCUUUAAUUUUACAUCUGUUUUUUUGGAAAUCUAGUAUUUAAAACAGAUGAUUGAUAAUCGAUUUCAUGAAAAUAUUGAUUCUUAUAUAAAUUCCGUAUUCUGAUAUUUACUAUUUUAUAUAAUAAAUCAUCGAGCUUUAGAGUAACGUAAGAUAACGUUACAUGCGAACGUUCAAUUAAACAUUUGACGUUUUAAUAUUAAAAUUAUGGAUUGUUACACUAUGCAAAUCAUAAGAAAUAAUUACAUUCAUUUCUUAUGUUAUGCCACUGCAUCUUUUAUCUUAUUAUUUAUACAUAUAAGAUUAUUGUAGAAUGUUCUCGAAAUAUCUUAUAAAGUCAGAUGUCUUAUAUGUUUCGUUUUUCUUUAUUUUCUUUUGUUUUUGUUUUGUUUUUUUAGAUAUUGCCAUAAUUAAAAUGGAAAAAUGUAAAAUUAAUUUUUUUUUUUUUUUUUUUUUUUUUUUUUAAUAUAUAUGAAGUACACAAAUGUAUAUUGAUGAAGAUUUAUAAUAUCAAUGUGAAAUGUGCAGCUGAUGCUACUAUUUUCACUGGAAUGUUCGUGACGCGUGAUUCAUUGACAAUGUUGAAUAAGUACGAAAAUACUUUUCUGGUCAUUUUUUUAAAAAAGAUGUAAUAAUAUUCAUUGUUUAUUUCGAAUAUACUUUUGAAUUCGAAUAUCGUAAUUGACUCGUGAAAAAAGAAUAAAAAACAGGAAAAAAGUUUGGCAGUAGAUUAUUCGCACCAAGAUGUUAUUAUUAGAAGCUAACAGUAAAGAGUGCAAGUUGUAUUAUAUACAAUUAAUUAAUGAGAUAGAUAUGUAAAUAUUAAAAAAAAAUAAUCGUUAGUUAUUGCUUUAAUUUGAUAGCGCGUAAAUUAAGAUUGAAGAAAUGUGUGAGGUAGCGAAAGACGUUGACUGUAGUAAACUUUAAUGUACGUCUAUAGAAUAAAAAAGAAGAGAUUAACAAUAUAAUUUAAAAGAAUGUGAAUGUUGUGUUGUAAGAAUGUUCUGAUAAUGAAUAUGCGAUAUCCGUAAAAUUGAUUUCUUGUUGUGAAAUUUUUAUUCAGUCUUUUAAUACUUAUUAGUUUCACAUAAAAAAAUACAGGUAAUACUUCAACUUGCUUGAAUUUCUUAUUUUCAUUCAAUAUAUUUUUAUUCUAAACAACUUAUUAUGAAAAAGAAAAUGCAUUUUUAAUUUGCAAUAAGUUUUGUUUAAAAAUCGAAAAAUUUAGACAAGUAAAAAAAGCAGCAUAUAUUGUGUUAAAUUUAUUGAAUGUGUGAUUUCAUCCGCCCAUUGUGUGUGUAUUAUUAACAUUGCACAUUCUCAAUAAUGACUAAUUGUCCCUAUUACGCACAAUUUAAAUCGAAGAUACAGAUAUAAAAGUAGUCUUUCAAGAUUCAAAAUUUUUAAUUUUCAUUUUGGAAAACAAAAAUAAGAAUUAUUAAGUAAAAUAGUAAAAUAAAAUGUAAAAUUUAAAUAUUACUUUUUGAUUUUUAUAAGUAAUAUAAUUAUAUAAUUUGUAGAUUUAUUUAAUUUAAUAAUUUAAAAAAAUUUGAAAUAAAUUUACCAAAGCAAAAUAGUAGUACUUAAUUUAUUUAAUAUUUCAUUCUCAAAUUUUGAAUUGAGACAAUUUAAUUAAUGAAAAUAUUGAUAUUUUAUGAAUACUUACGCAUUAUACUUACGCAUAUUUACAUAUAUUGUUUUAUAUAUAGAUAAUGAUUUAUUCAAGUGAAAGUUAUGAUUAUAUAUUCAUAAAAAACAUUCAUAAGAAACAUUUGUUUCUUUUAAUUAUCUGAAGCUUUCAUAAAAAAAUAUCUGAUUUAUUUCAUGUAUGUUGAAACUCAUUACUUUAAUAUUUAUACAAUUCAUGAAAGUAUGAUUAUUUUUCGUUUAGAUGAAUGUUAAUGAUCAUUGACUAUAAAUACUACAUGACGAAUGUAAGUUACCUUUCGAAUGGUGGUGCAUUUCGAUCUUAAGCAUAAUGUAAAAAAUGUAAUUAUUUUUAUUUUAAAAUAUAUUAUGUGUUAAAAAGCUAACAACAAAUUUUUUACAUUAUUGCUUGAUUAUAUAUUUGUCAAAUAUCAUGAUGAAUUAUUUGAAAUUCCUUCUGUGAAACAAUACAUAAAAUAAUAAAAAUGUCUUCUAUAUUAACAAUAGUUCAAUGAUUGUAAUGAAUGAUAAAGUUUAAUAAAAAGUAUAUCAUCUUAACAAAUAUUUUAGAAAGAAAUUGUUUCCAACUAAUAUUCAUAUGUUAUUCAAAAAAAUUAGAUUAUAGUAGUAUAGUAUAGAUUAUAGUAUAGUAUUAGAUUAAUAUAGAUAAUAUAGAUAGUAUAGAUAGUAUAUUAGUAUAGAUUAUAGUAUAGUAUUAGAUUAAUAUAUAGAUUAUAGUAAUUAUAAAAUGAAUAAAAUAAGAAGUAUUAAAAAAGAUGUAAAAAAAGUUAGAAUAGAAAGAUGACGUCAUUUUAUUUACAUUUAAUUAUCGUUUCUGCGCAAAUUAGAAUGAUAGCUUUCGUACUGAUGCAGCAUGAUAAUAGUUCUUAGACGCAAUAUCGAUUGUUUAUGACAACACUAUUAUUAUAAGAGAGUGAAAUUGGGUCGAAAGCAUCUUUCUCAACAGGAAUAUUUCCCAUUGCGUAUUCUCCUCUGUCCUGCUUACUCUGAAAAGAGCAUCGAAGCUCCAUCUUUAGUCGUCAUGUGUCACUAGCAAUAGCCAUUAUUUAAAUGCCAACUAAUCCUCGUUUUAAAUUCUAAUAUUGAAGAUGAUUUAUUGGAAAUUUUACUAUUGUCUCAUAUUUUUCUAAUCGAUCAUAUUAUUUUCUUGAUUGCAAUAAGGAUUUUAUAUUAUUUUAUUAUUUUCUUUAAUAUUGAUAUUUUUAUUAUUACUGAAUGAACAUAACCUAUCUUAUGGAAUAGUAAUAAUAUAUUUACUUACAUUAAUUAGUCUAUAAUAUUGAUAAAUUUAUUUAUUUCCAUAUUUAAAAAGAUUAAGAAUUAAUUUAACUGAUUUUAGAAAUUGCUGAAAAUAAGAGAAGUAUAAGAAAAAAAAUACUAUUUGAAUGGUAAUGAUCUUAGAUACGUAUCUUAUAAAAUAUGUAUAUUUUACUUAUAUUUAAGUUUUUUUUUGCUAUAAAAAGAAAAAUUCCGUAAAAAUGUCAAGUCAUUAACUUUUAUUGGUUUUUCAUAAUCGUUUAUUUGCUCAAAGAAAUCUCAUUCUUCUUUAUGAAGUAAAUAUCAAGAGAUAUUUUACUUACUUAUUUAUUUAUAAAUUUUUCAUGCUUUUAUUGCUUAAUAUGUAUAAAUAUAGCAUAGAGAUUCACAUUUGAUCUAAUUGUCAUAAUUGACUUAUUAAAGAUUUAAUCAAUAUCAUACAUAUUCGAUAAAAUCAUUCCCAGCUUACAAUUUGAAACUUGUUAACUUCAUCUGUUUAUGAAAAAUUUCGAUAAUACAAAAUUAAAAAUAAGAUUAAUUCAUAAAGUAAUCAGGUUUCUACAAUCUGCAAACAUUUAUAAAAUGUAAACUUAAUUAUGAGAAAAUUGUUCGAAAUCUUCCGAAAGAGAGUCUCGAACAACUAUCGCCACUUACGUUAGGGUGGUUCGCGUUUGAGUUUGCGUUCCAAGCUUCGAAGCAGGGAGGGAUCCUUGACAUAAAUAAUCAGUAGUAGAGCACCGCGGUACUGCCCCUGUAGCCAUGGUAACAGCAUCGAUCGAGGCCUACUACAAAGUCGAAACCAGCUACCCUCCUCGGUGUUACGCGUUUCUUUCCAUUUCCCUUCGUUUCCUGUCUUUUUCUCUUCGCCCAUAGUUUCUUUUCUUUGCUUUCUUUCCAUGCACUGUUCCAUCCUCGAACUUCCGCCUUCCUCCUGCAUGGUUUCAUUCCACUUUAUCGUUGUUCCAUCCACUCUUCCCUAGAUUUUUUUCUCUCUCUCUGGCUGCAUUUUCUCCAAUUUCCCUGUGCUCUACUUUUUCAGACUUCUUCGACCUAACUUUCUUUACUGCCAUCUUAUUCCACGAAUAUCCUUCUGUUAUUUUUUUCUUUUUUUUAAACAGAAACUAUUUCUUCUAUACAAAAGAGGAAAGAUCGUCGAUUAUUAAACAUCUUUCAACAAUGGAUACUUAAAAAGUACAACACGUAUUAAUAGCAAAGCAUAUUCUGUCCGAACUCGAUACUCGGUUCUCGCGAUCUAGGAUUAAGAAAUAAGCAAUAUCCAACGAGAAAAAUUAUCAUCACAAAAAAUAAAACGCUCUGUUUUUGCUACAGAAAUUGUACGAUUUCGUAAAUUUGUGAAAAGUAUCUUGCAUACAUACCGUGUACUUCGCACACCUUGUUUUUCUUUUAAAUUCGCACUAUCUUUACAUGAUUUCUCCAUUUUUUUUUUUACACCUCACUUAUAACCGAACUCGAUUAACACAAAAUAUUAGAAAUAUUAAAACCGAUAUGAGAUUUUUGCAAACGAAUUCAAUCUACAAUGUUUAAUUCUUAUUUAAUGAAUUAAAGUAAAAUAAAAUUAAAUACGAAUAAUAAUGUUCUUUGAAAAUUAAAAUUAAUCCUUAAUAAAAUUAAGAAAAUAAAAUUAAUCGUAAAGAGUUUAUUUUGAGUCAUUUUGUUAUUUUUAUAAAUGUAAUACAAUAUAAUUUUUUCAAAUAAUUUUAUUUUAAUCAUUUUUGUGAUAUAAUAUUGUUUAACGAUAUAAAUAACAUAUAAUUUUGGAUAAGAAAUAAUUUCUGAAGUAUAUAAGGAUAAAUCAUAAAUGAUCCAUGAUUAGCUGCUGUCAAUCGAUUAGCUAUCCAAAGGUUAAGUUAAAGAUCUACGGAUUGCAAAACAACUAUAUGGUAUAAAUUUAGCGAUACUUUUUCAAAGUAAAAAAAUAGGAUUUACGUGAUUUGUGCAAUCAAUUUGAUGAUUCAUCACGUUUCUAUUAAACAUCUUUAAAAUUUUUAAGCCGAGCAUGAUAAUGUCCGUUAAACUCGUUCAACGAGCUUCGUUUUCUCAGAGUUACAUGAAACUGCUUUUAGACAUAACGAGGCGCACCGGUGCACUCGUGACCCUGAUUGACGAAACCGUUCCCAGAAAGCCAGCAAGCCAACGAUGCCGUCGCUUUUAUCUAUUUUUAUCUAUCACGGUACUUCUUGGAAUUUUGCAUUCGAUACUUUACAGAAGGAAAACAUACUUAGAAUCGCGAUUGCAAUCUAUCUUUUGUUAAAAUUUGCUUAUAGGAAUCAGAGAAAGAAUCAGGAAAGAUACCAUUUAUAGAAGAUUUCGAAGCAAUACUUUUACUAUUAUCGAUGAUACAUGCAACGAACCAAUAUAUAGUUUCCUCGAUAAAUUAACCGGCUAGUUAUAUUAAUCCUUAAUAUAACUCCAUCAAAUAAAAUUCUCUAGAAUAAUAAAUUACUUCAAGAAAAUUCUUUUUGUUAUAUUUAUUAUAUACAUUAAAAUCAAAGAUUAUAAAAUCAAUCUAUUUUUUAAUCGUGUUUGACUUUCUAUUUCUAAUUUAAAUGUUUUUCAUAUCAAAAUGAAAACCAAUAUAGAAUUAUUAUUUAUCAGAUCAAUAGCUAUCAAAAACGAUAUAUGAUAUAAGUUUAAAAUCAAUUCACGUUCUCAUGAAAGUGUUUAACGAUAAACCCAAAGGAAGAUAAAGUGUGAGUAAGAUCGAAUGUACUUCGAGUCGAUCGGUAAAACACGAAAAUUCUAAUAGAACGAACAAUAGUAACGGUAUAUUUGUAGCACGAACAACAGUGCUGCCGAUAUGUGGGAAAAAAUCGGAAAAAACGAUUCGACACGAUCCGCGAGUCGACGUUCGUGCACGGAACUCGCGACGAAGCCGCUCGCAGCGUGUUUCAAGGCUGAACCGCCUCUUCUCUACACUCUCUUCGACCCCUCCAAAGACGAAUCAUCUCCUUUCCCCUAACUUCAUGUUCGAUUAUCGUUCUCUUUCUCUUUCUUUCAAUCUAUCGGUAGGUUGCGUAUCGUUUGUCUCGCUUCGUUCGUUUCCUCCGUUCGUUCUUUCUCGUUCAUAUUCGUCUGUAUUCGUCGGUCGCGCCACGGCAGUGCUAUCCUAUCGCAUGACUCUGCAGCGUUACGCAACUAACAGAAGGCUAGGUAGGCGACGCAGGUCGCGGGGGUAGACUGUCGGAGAGCUGGAAGAGCGCGCAUGAUCGUUCUAUAACAGUGGUACUCACUGAACCACACAUUCUUUCGACCUUUCUUUCAACAUGUCGAUCAAAUUCUUAAAACUACUUAUAUCUGCGAUCAAAAGAAAACUUCAAAUCUUUGUCUUGGAAAUCAUGUGUGUUAAUUUUGAAUAACGGUGAAAAUACAAUUAUCUAUAAGAUGCGUUAAUAAUAGUUAGUAACAGUCGUUUUUUAUAUUUGAAAAUCGAUGUCAUUGAAGUUAGCAAAGAAAUACAUGUCACAUGUGGAUAUUUCUAUGUGCUCGAUGAGCCACUGUUCAUAACGAUGCCUAUAGCCUAUUCUCUAUAGGUUACAUACAUAUUGCGACGAGACCGAUGGCUCUUCGACAUCUAUCAUUUACAUAUAUUUAUAACGCGAAAUACAAACUUCAACUUUAAAUACGUAAUAAAUAAUUGAAUGAGAUUUGAUUAAAUCUCAAUGAUUAAAUAAAAUGAUUAAAUAAUUUGAUUAAAUAUAUAAAAUAUUAAAUUUAAAUAUAUACAUAUUCAAAAUGCUUGAAUUUAUAAUUAAAAAUAAAUCUAAAGUAUAAAAGAUAGUACAUUUAUUGAAAUUAUAUAUUGAAAAAUAUGUAAAUUACAUAUUUUAGUUAACUAUAUAUUUUAUUUCUUUGAAUUUCUUAUCUAAUAAAGAAUAUUAUCCUGAAUAUUAUAUUUGAAAUAUUUAAUGAACUUGAACUAUUAAACCAACAUAAUGAAUUAAUUAUAUAUAAAAGAAUAAUGGAUAAUUUCCAUGAUGAAUACUUCGUCUUUAUAAAUAAGUACAUUAUGUGUGAAUUCAAUACGUGCUCAUAUGAAAUGUGUAUUGCAUCUAUUUGAAAUUAUGCUAUAUUAAUUUAAACACAAAUCGGUAAACAUAAUCGUAAACGUGCACUCGUAAUUCCAAUAUACUUUCAUACUAAUAAAUAUAGCUGCAUCAUAGCUAUACCAUUAAACAAGAGCUUUCAUAUUAUUUUUCCUUCUUAUAAUUAUCUUUUUAACAAAAUUUAUCUGUGACUUCCUAUGAUUUUGCAACUUUAUUUCCUUUUUAUUUUCAUAUUUUAUGUGUAUAUCGAAAAAAGUUUCAAUCACAAGAAAUUAAUCUUCUUUCUAAUUGAAAAUAAAAAUUAAUAAAAAAUUUUAAUAAUAAAAAUCGAUGAUUUUAAUCUAAAUUUUCCGCGUUUUCUGUUGUGGUACAAUAAAUAUUUAUCUUUCUUGCUAUCGAACUAAGAUAGUAAUCUUAAACUAAUUUUAAUUUAACGUGUAAUUCGAAAAUAUAAAUUGGAAAUAUAAUAAAGUCAAAUUUAAUGUUUAUAAUUACAGAUAUAUAAUGAAUUUAUUAAUACACAAAAUAAUUUAUAAUUAUAUUAAUGAUGUUUUUGUCGAAUUAUUUUUCAUAACACGAUAAAAUAUUUUGAAAAUUCUAUCAGCAAGGAAAAAACGAAUAUUCAGUGUCAUUGAAAAGAGAAAAUACCUACAUAACGUAUCUACAUAUGUCGUUAAGUUUAUCUGGCAAUUACGUAAGAAUAGGCCGGGAAGUACGUAUAAUACUUACACAUAUGCGAGUGCAUAAGUCAAGUAGUCACAUCCAGUUAAGAAAUUAACUAAAAAAAAUUUGUCAUGAAUUUUGUCUUUUCCUUCAAUUUUACUUGUUUCUCUUUUUUUUUCUAUCUUUAUUAAAAUAUUGUCUCUAAAAAUAUAAGUUUUUGUAAGUUUCUUUUUCUUUUCUAUUGUUUUGUCUUAACUUCCAUCCUCAAAAAUUAAAUUUAUACAUAAUGCACUAUUAUAUAAAAAUUAAUAUUUUUUAGGAAUAAAAAACAAGUUUAAAAAUGACAAUUAGUUUAGAAGCAAUAAGUAAAAAUUUUGAUAAUUGAAAACGUAGUAUUCAUUACAUAUAAAAAUUUAAAUUUCAUUUCUAUUUCAAAAAAUAGAUAAAUAACAACAUUGAAUACAUUAUAUAAAUAUUUUCAGUCGAAAUCUAAAAUAUUUGAAACGAAAAAUUAUCUUCAAAAAUUGUAACAUAGAAAUAUCAAAUUAUAAUGUAUAAAAAGUGAAUAAAUGUAAGUGAAUAAUUAACAUAUGUACAAAACCAGCACUGAUAUCUAUCUAAAUUGAGAAUAAUUGCAGUUUGAAAAAAAUUUCUAUUACAGACAAAGCAAAAAAGUAAACCUUUCUUAUGAUGAACGAUAUUUAAGAAUUGGCUUUUAUCAGAUAUUUAAGAAGUAAGUAUUUUUAAUGGAAUUGGUGUAGUAAUGACAAGAUUAACGAACCUGCCGAGCAUCAAUAUCAGCUCGAAAAUUUGUUGAAUGGAAGACGGAAAACCGAAAAGUAGAAUAAUUAUGGGGGAAUAAACAGCGAGAGUAAUUCAUUCUCAUCGGUACUUAUUAAAAAGAGAGACUGAGAGCAACGCUGUUGUGUGAUUCGAAGGCCGCUACUGCCCUCUAAAAUUAACGAUGAUCCAUCGCGUAAAUCCACUAGGGCGAAAGUCCGCUUCCUCUAGAAGGGUCCGUAUGGUAUACUGCGCUUCCGUGUAGCAGUCAAUUUGUUUCGAACGCACUUUAUGCCUGAAUCGAUAUAUCGAUAUAUUUUCUCGGAGAACACACGAUUUCUCUAUGAUUCAUGUCUUAUGAAUAAUAUUUAUUUUAUCGUCAAACCAAUUCGAUAUCGAGAAAGAAUUUUAUAACUUCUUUGAUAAUUUCUAUAAAUUUUUCCACGAUCGAUAAUAUAAUGCUGUAUCUUUUUACUUUGUGAAAUCAUGGUAAGUUAGGUUAGGUAGCUCUAUACAUGAAACUUGAGUUAUGACAUAUUGUAAUACUUUUAAAUGUAACUCCGUUGAAUUGUGAAAAGAUAUAGAAAUUGAUGUAUAUACGUUUUUUUUUAUAAUUCUUUAACAACUUGGAAGACUAUUGUUCAUAGUGAUAAAUUAUGAUAGAACAAUGUGAAAAAACAAAAGAGAAAAACGAAUGUUUUUAGUACUUAUGAAGCAUCAUUAUAUAAAUUAAAUCAUAAUAAUAAUAAUAAGAAGAAGAAAGAUUUUUAUUCUGAUAUUCCGAUAUAUUUUCUCACAACGCGUUUUUGACGUAUCAGUAUUAUUUGUUGUUACAAUUUCUUAUAGAUAUAGAUAUAUAUUUCAACUUUACUAUAGUGCAAAUAUUAAUAUUUGAACGAUACUUAAACUAAUCUCAUUAUGAUAUUUUUUAAUAUUAUAUUACGUUAUUCUAACAUAACAUUUUUUAUCUAUCUAUCUACAUUUAUUAUUUUAAAUAUCCCAUAACAGAGCAUCAAUCAUUGUAAUGAAAUUGAACUAUAAAACUUUCUUAGUGAUUAAUCCUAUUUACGAUUAACAAAGCAUAGCAAUAAAAGCAUAAUAAAAUAGUAAAUGAUGAAAAUAAAAGAAAUGAGUAAUAGAAAAUCGAAUAAAAUGGUGAGUAAAAUGGUGGAUAAAAUGGGAUAUCACUGUUUUUAUAAGAUAAGGUGCAAUAUGCGACUAAAUAUGACUAUAAUGAAUACAUUAGUACUUACUUAUAUAUUCAGAUAUUUUACAGCAAAUUAUGAUGGAUCCAAGACGAAAUUUUCAUUUGAGUCAGCAGAUUUGCGACGAUUAAACUUAUGCAGUGUGACGACCGAGCCGUUCGACCUACUUCGUAAAAUAACGCGACGGUAGGCGUACUUACCGAAAUGUAGGACAACGGUAUUCACGCGCAGGAAGCAGCGCAAUUAUGGAUACACGAGAGAACGCGAGCGACCGCGCACGCGUGAUUCUAACCUCCGCAAUUGUGCCUCCUGACACGACUCUACCGUUGUGGAAAAAUACGGCCGCAUCGUCGUCGCACGUUCCAACUAUCUGCAUGUCUUGAAAAUCUUCCAUUUCUUUCAAGUUUUCAUUAUUGAAAAAAUGGAUUUGCAUAUGCUUUUACUUAUGAUGAACGUUUAUUUAUUAUAUUAGGACCUCUUCUAUUAUUAAAGUUAAUGUUAUAAGAAUAAUAUCUCAAAAGUAUGACAAUUUUUACGUUAUAAAAUUGAUGGUACAAAGAGGAGAAAAUACUGCAGCCAGCGAGAGGCGAGAAACGCGACCCUAAUAUUCAGCUCUGCGGAGAUGAACGCUAAAGUUGAUCUAGUAAAUUUGCGCGUCCGUUUCAUAGAUGCGUUGGCCCAGUUUGCAGUGGCUAUGAAAGCAAGGAGCACCACGAUGAGAGUUAGAGAGAGGGCGUGAUAUCUGUGUCAUCGCACAAGCGCCGUGCUUCAACCGAGUACGAUUCACAGUGGUGUUCUUGGCCCGUUUGAGGGCCGUGUAUCCAAGAAAUGUUCCAUCGAAAUAUAUUUUAUUUAUAAUAUUCGAAUAUUCUAUUUUUCCCAAUAUUUUUUAUUUAUCUUUAUAAAUCGAGAUGAAUCUAGCGAAGAACUGAAAUAAGAAAGUUCGCGACCUUGACAAUAUACGAUAAAUAAUUGCGCUUUGUUUCAUAUCGCCAUUAAUCAAUAUAUAUAUAUGCUAUAUUACAUAUAGCAAUAUUAUAUUUUAUCAUUUAUAGUAGAGCUAGUAAACCAGAUUGGAUAUUAAUGUUCAAUAAUUUGGGAUUUUUCCAAAAGCAAAGAGGUUCCUUUCAAAAUUAAAUUGAAUGCUUUGAAAAUUAAUAACGACGAGGAGGAUUGUAUUCUUUCGUAACAGCUUUUGAAAAUUCGUACGAUGAAUCUCUAGAAAUCUCUUUCUGUGUGUCGAUUCAUCUGCUCGACCCUGCCACGAUAAUUCGUUCUCUAGUGGAGCGCUUACGUAAGAAAGCCGUACCUACCUACCAGCCCACCUCCUAGCUAUUCAAGGGAUCAAGGCAAACCGGUAGGCUGAACAGGCAGGCAGCCAGGCAGGCCAGAAGAAACGGGCAAGCAGAGAGCAACUAGAGAGGAGGUUGGCUGGCAGGCAGGCAAACUAGGAUGCAGGUAGAUAAGUAGGUAGGUGGGCACACGUGAACGCGCGUGCGCAUACUCUCUGAUAAACCUGCCAAACGGAUAGAGUCUGCAACAACGGAAAUAUCUCUCCGCUCCUCCUCCGACGCCAGUGUGCCCUCUUCUUUGCUAUCUUUUUCGUUUCCUGCUCCACCUCCUAUUGCCGGAUUGAAGGUUAUGCAUUGUCAAUCACACAGCUUAGGCAUUUGCUUUCAUUUUCUUCUGUUGAUUUGUUUUACGAAUUAGUUAAUACGAAAUGGAGUAGGAAUAUAUUUUUUUUCUCUUUUUCAACCCUUUAUCGACAAAUAUUCAUGAGAUAUAUUGAUCGUUUAUUGAAUAAUUUAUAUGUUAUAAAGAGAUAGUGGAAGAAUAAAUAAAAUGUGUAAUAUUCUUGUUGUAAAAAAUUUUCUUUCUGAUUCAAACGAAAAAAUAUCUUAUUAACAAGAGUAAAUUCCGAGGAUUAAAAUACUGUCGUGAAUUAAAUAUUCUUAGAAUCCUAAUGAAACUUGUAUAUUUUUUUAGACUUUUGCGAUGCCAAUACUAACGUUACGAACUACUAUAUUUAAUUUUAAAACAACAAUGACGUUUUCAUCAUAGCGACUAUUUUAUUUUUAAAUUUUUAAAUUUAUUUUUAAAUUAUGCAACGUUGUUAUGAUUCUAAAAUUAUUCAUUGAUGAAUGACAACAUAAUUUUUGCACGAUAGAAAUUUCCAUGUACUUACUACGAAGCACAUAUUACAUAACAUCUUGAUUUUCAAGAAUAACGUGCAAUCCCGACAAAGGAAAUCAGGGACACAUCUAAUUGAAAGACUAAGAUGUAAUCUAUACCAUCUUUAAUAAUUGAGAUUCUAUCAAGAAUGGUAUAGAUUGAGAAACACUGUUUGAAAAAUAAGUAAUAUCAUAGUAAAAAUAUUGUACGUGAAUAUUUAUGUUUAUCUAUCUUAUAUCAAAGUAUCAAAAUAAUAUACGGAUAAAUAAUUUUUUAUUCUUAAAAAAUUUGCAAAGCGAAUUAUAAAUGACGAGAGAGAAAAAAAUUAAAAUGGAUAACAAACGAAUAAUAGAUUGUUAUAAAAUUAUAUGCAAGUAUACAUAUUAUAUAAGUAUACAUAGAUAUAUAUUAUAAAUAUUUAUUGAUAUGAAUAAUGUAUAAAAGUAUUUACCAUUUACAUAUAAAAACGCAGAUGUACGUUAUAAAUGUACCAUACAGUAAUGCACUUGCAAUUAACUGCUCAUAACCAGUUGCCUAUCCAGACAGAAACAGUAACAUAACCUAUUUCGCCGUUUAUUAGGAAAGUGCAUCGGUUCGUUCCAGUCGAAUGAAUGAACCUGUAGAUACGUAUUAUUUAUCGCUUUGCUCGAAGAGUAGUUGUAUAUUAUAGAACAUUGUGAAACAACUAUAUAUCGUGAUGAUAGAUAAAGGAGCGUUUGUCCUACAAUGGGAAAUUUUUAACGGCGAUAGUGAGUAAAUUAUUCCACUGACAAUCACAAAAUCAAAUUUCUCGACAUUUAUCAUGAAACGAAAGAGAAUCUCUUCUACUAGAAAUAACAUUGUCUAAAUGCAUUUGAUUUCUUAUGCAUAAUUUUCGCAAAGCAUCGUUAUCGCAAUAUUCAAUUCCCAAAAUAAAAAACUUUAUACAUUUGCCAUUAUAAUGCAUCUACUUUGCACAUUAUGUAGAAAUGUAUCGAAAUAGCAAAUUUAUACGUACGAGCAGUGGCGUAGUGGGACGUUGGCCAGUAAUUGGGCCAGUAAAACGGGUCAAUCGAUUUUGUCGCGAAAAAGCUUGCGGUCCAAAAACCUAUUUAGCUCGACGAGAGGAGGAGAGGGUUUACAAUACGCCGCAGUGACUCAGCUUGCUUCUUUGUAUUCUUUUUUGAUCGUUUGUCUUUGAAUUCCAUAAUUGUUCAUCAUGCACAACUCACGCGUUCAUUGGUCAUUGUACUUCCGUUUAAUGUCCCCAUGUUUGUUGUAAGCUCUCGUAAAAAGGGACGCAAGCAGCUGACCUCGAUAAUAAAUAUGAUAUCUUUCAUAGUUACUCGACGAUCGAACAGUUACAUGAGAAGCAAAGAUUAAGAUGAAUAAUAUUAAGCUAUAACAAUAUGUAUUUAUUAAUUCGUUAUUAAAUCACAGUUUAGAAAA